AUGAUUUUGUUAAUAGAUUGUUCUACUGCUGUAGAGAAAACCGAACAGUUUUAUUUUGAAAAGGCUGGAUGUUUUAAUGGUGGUCACCAGAUCUCUGAAGAUAACUGUCAAUGUGUUGAUGGUUAUAUCGCUGAGAAAUGUCACAGACUUAUGUAUGAUUGUAAAGAAGGGUUUGGUGCCUAUCCUAAACACGAACUUCGACUGAAAAUUCAACCGAGUCCAACAGUAGAACCGUUCAGAGUUCAUUGUCAGAUGAAUUAUGGUGGACGAUCGUAUUUUUUAUAUCACGUGUCGGAACAUACGAAGCUGAACCAAUCGUGGAGCGACUAUCGACAAGGAUUCGGGGCUCUGACUGGCGAUCAUUGGCUAGGAUUAGAUCACCUUAGUAGUAUAGUCAAUGGUCGAGCAGCUCGUGGCGUACCAGCAAAACUUACCUUUGAAACAAUAGCAGGCGGAGCACAGUUGACAGGAUCCCAUUCAAAUUUCUUGAUAGGAGACGAAACGGAUGAUUACAAGAUUGAAUCCGUCGGAUAUUAUUCCGGAAAGCUCACUGACUGCAUGACGGAUCUCGUCGGAUCAACGUUCGCUACUUACGAUCACGGCAGCGACAACGGAAUGAGCUGUGCGGUACAGUACGGUGGUGGAUGGUGGUUUGGAAAUGCAUGUGCGCCUUGUAAUCCAGUAGGUGUAUUCAGCUCUGAUGGCGAGCGUCUAAAUGUGACCUAUGAAAAGUUCUGGUCUGAAGUAGAAUCGAGUCUUACAAGAAUUAAGGCCUGGAUUGAGUGA